ACAAUCAGUCGCCAUUUUCCCAGACAUGUGUAACAGCGCAAAUUGACCUCUUUAUUUUAUUUCAAAGUAUAAAAUUUAAAGACCGGUCGUAGUGUGCUACAAAAGUUCUAUUUAUGAUUCAAACUCAACUAAAAUGAUAUUUACUCCACGUUUGGUGUCAUCGACUGCUGCAAUCGUUGUGACUUGUUUUGUGUCGGCCGCGGCCUUGUAUUACAGAAGUCGGAAAACCGAGAUCAAUGACGUGAUGGUGUUCUGUAAAUUGCAGUACAACGUUUACAAUUACUUCGACAAAUUACUAAAUUUCAUUGAGUCUGCGACGAAAAGUGUUAAUGUUUGCAUGCCUAGCAUCCACAAUCCGGCGAUACAAGGCCGAUUGGUACAAUUGAUAAAGAAGAAAAAUAUCAAAAUUCGUAUCAUAAUAGACCGGACAGGAUACAAUGAAUUCACUGAAAUCUUUAUCAGAGAAUUAAAAGAUGUCGGUGCAGAAAUAAAAUGCAAAAUUAAUGAACCAGUUAAUUUUAAGAUGCAACAUAAGUUUUGCUUAGUCGAUGAUAAAAUCCUUAUGACCGGAACUCUGAACUGGGGAAAUGACCGCUCCUUCGACCAUUGGAACUACGUCUACAUAACCAGCAAGCCACAGCUAGUAAAUCCGGUAAGAUCUGAGUUCUACAUAAUGUGGGAUGAUUUCUCAAGCGACUUGAAACUGGAAAGCCCAACCGAAACUUACGACAGUGAUACAGAAACAAUUGAAGAACAACGAUUAAAUGGAACCCUAGUACCUGACCAUGAACUACUGGCAGUUAGGAACAUUUCUACAGUCGAUAGGGAGACUCAGGUCACACCGGAUCUAAGCUUAAUUUAAUUUAAACUUUAACUCCAUAGAAAUAAGGUCGCUUUAAGAGCAUUUGUGCAACAGUACAAAACGCCAAUGUGACGUUUAUUUAUGACACUUCGGGACAAAGUGUUAGUUCAAUAUUUGACAUUUUGAUCAGACUUAUUGCACAAAAUGUUCGAGAGCUGGCAACCCGCUACAGCAACGUGUACUGCGACAGUUACGAUCUUUGUAAUUGCUGUUUAGUAGACAUUAAUAACUGGCAAUACUUUCAUAUUUAAUUCCAUAUUUAUUACUAAUGAAUUAAUAUUUUAUGUAAGAGACUUCUGAAUAAAAAAAUGAAUUUACUGAUAAAUUAAUUAACAACGUAUAACUGAUUAAUCAUAAUUUUACUAAAUAAGUUUAGGCUGGCCUUUUAGCCAUUAUUUCAUUUUCUGAAACUAAAGCUUGUCUUUUAAUUUUAUUAUAUUUUUAUAUCGAAAACACUUUUGGUAGAAAGUGUUUGUCCAUUUCUAUAUCAUUCUAUUUUUCAAUGAGUACUCAUAUUAUACUCUUUAUUCCUAUCUCAAUUUUAAUUUUUCGUUUUAUGGUCAGCUAAUUGUAUUUUUAAGAAAUUAAAUGAAAUUUAAAAAAUACUGGGUUUGAAUUUUAAUGAAU